AUGAAAAAUGAUAGUGGAAAAUGGAAUCAUCGUAGAACAGGAAUAUUGGAUAUAGCAACAUCUUAUUACAAGAGACUAUACGAAAGUAAAACAACAGAAGACGAAAUUGAUUUGGCGGAUACCUCAAACAUUCCUAACAUUCUUCAAGCUGAAGUCAAGAAAGCCAUGGAUACUCAAAAGCAAUGGACAGAAUCUAACAUUAUCCUGUUGUAUAAGAAGGGAGAUAAACAUGAAAUCGGAAACUAUCGCCCCAUCAGUCUUAUGUCAAACAUCUACAAAAUCUUCGCUAAGAUCAUUUUAAAACGUAUUGAAAGAACGCUAGACGAGCAACAACCCAUUGAACAGGCGAGAUUUCGUAAGGACUACUCGGUGAUCGACCACAUCCAUGUAGUUCGUGAAGUUAUUGAGAAAUACAACGAAUACCAGCUUACAUAUUACAUUGCUUUUAUCGACUACAGCAAAGCAUUUGACUCUCUUCUACAUAAAAACAUAUGGGAAGUAUUAGUGGAACAAGGGAUUGAACUCAAAUACAUUCGAUUAAUAAAAAAACGUGUACAGUCAUAG